AGUGUUAUUUACAUUCCGAUUUACGAAAAUGGACGAUUAUCAAGAUUACCAUCAGAGUUAUAAGGAAUAUUGCGAUACAGUCAUGGCCGAAGACGCGCCAGCUCAGAGGUUUAUCAAACCUGGGAGUCACAAGGGCAAAGGCAUCGCCGUGUUCACCAGUGGAGGCGACUCUCAAGGAAUGAAUGCCGCCGUACGAGCAGUCGUAAGGAUGGGCAUUUACCUCGGGUGCAGGGUGUAUUUUAUUAGGGAAGGUUACCAAGGCAUGGUGGAUGGCGGGAAAAAUAUCGAGGAAGCUACAUGGUCAUCCGUAUCUUGUAUUAUUCACAGAGGUGGUACAGUAAUCGGUUCCGCUCGAUGCCAAGAAUUCAGGGAUCGUCCCGGUCGUCGGAAAGCCGCUAAGAACUUGGUUAAUCUGGGAAUAACUAAUUUAGUGGUGAUCGGUGGGGACGGCUCUCUUACAGGCGCUAAUCUCUUCAAGGAAGAAUGGCCCGCACUUCUGAAGGAGCUCGUCGAAUCUGGUGAUAUAACUGCUGAACAGAGUGAGAAAUACAAGCAGCUGCAUAUUGUCGGUCUAGUAGGUUCCAUUGAUAACGAUUUUUGCGGUACGGAUAUGACGAUUGGUACCGAUUCCGCGUUGCACCGUAUCAUUGAGAGUAUCGAUGCUAUAGUUAGCACAGCUUACUCUCAUCAAAGAACGUUUAUAAUGGAAGUCAUGGGUCGUCACUGCGGGUAUCUGGCUAUUGUGGGCGCUUUAGCUGCGGAGGCAGACUAUGUUUUCUUCCCAGAAUGUCCGCCUCCUGUCGACUGGCCUGAAAAAUUAUGUAAAAAAUUGGAGCAGGAAAGACUUACUGGUCAACGGCUUAAUAUUAUUAUUGUAGCCGAGGGAGCUGUCGACAGAAAUGGCGAUCCGAUCACUGCUGAAAAAGUGCACAAAGUCGUCGUAGACAAAUUGCAACAGGAUACAAGAAUCACCGUUCUGGGCCAUGUACAAAGAGGUGGUAAUCCUUCAGCCUUCGAUAGAGUUUUGGGAUGCCGGAUGGGAGCUGAAGCUGUGAUGGCUUUAAUGGAGGCAACACCCGAUACGGAAGCCUGCGUUGUCACAUUAGACGGUAAUCAAGCUGUGAGGUUACCACUUAUGGAAUGUGUUCGUCGUACGAAAGCCGUAGCGCAGGCUAUGACUGACAAAAAUUGGGACCUUGCUGUUCAGCUUCGAGGAAAGGGCUUUGCACGCAACUUAGAAACGUACAAAAUGCUGACUCGUUUGAAAGCACCACACCUGAUAGAUGGUGCUAACAGGGAAGUUAAUGGCCGCGCAUUACCAAAGGAUAAUUAUACAUUGGCAGUCAUGCAUAUAGGAUCGCCGUCCUGCGGCAUGAACGCGGCAGUUCGUUCCUUUGUGAGGAAUUGUAUCUAUCGAGGCGACAAGGUAUAUGGUAUUUGCGACGGAGUGCUUGGCCUAAUAGCUGGUAGAUUGAAGUUAAUGGACUGGCCAUCUGUUACCGGCUGGGUUUCAGAGGGUGGUGCAAAAUUGGGAACAAAGCGUGCACCGCCCACGGAGGAUCAAUUACCCCAAGUUGCUCAAAGACUCAAAGAAUAUGGAAUACAAGCGUUGCUCAUCAUAGGUGGAUUCGAGGGUUAUCAGACCGGUCUCACAUUUUUCAAGGCGAGGGAUAAAUACGAGGAGUUUAAAAUUCCCAUCGCUAUGAUUCCUGCAACUAUUAGUAACAAUGUGCCAGGUACUGAGUUUUCAUUGGGCUGUGACACGGCUUUAAAUGAAAUUACAGAGAUCUGUGAUCGCAUUCGACAGUCGGCGCAAGGUACUAAACGUCGCGUAUUUAUCAUCGAGACGAUGGGUGGUUUCUGUGGGUACCUAGCGACCGUCGCUGGUCUAGCCGGUGGUGCCGAUGCAGCGUAUAUCUAUGAGGAGAAAUUUAAUAUCAAGGAUUUGAAUCAAGAUGUUAUCGCGAUGGCGGCAAAAAUGUCAGAAGGUGUUGAGAGGGGACUCAUUAUCAGAAAUGAAAAUGCUAAUGAAAAUUACAAUACAGAAUUUACAUUUAGACUUUUCAGCGAAGAAGGAAAAGGUCUAUUUAGUUGUAGAAGAAACAUACUCGGUCACAUGCAACAAGGAGGCUCACCGACGCCUUUCGAUCGUAAUUUGGGAACAAAAAUGGGCUCUAAGGCAGUGGAAUGGUUCAGUGACAAAUUGAGAAAAUGCACCAGCCCCGAUGGUAAAACGUUCACUACGGCAGCGGACAGUGCGGUGAUGCUUGGUAUUGUCAGACGUCAGUAUAGAUAUACGCCAUUUACGGAACUUAUUGAAGUUACUGACUUUGAACAUCGCAUUCCGACGUAUCAAUGGUGGAUGAAGCUACGUCCAUUACUAAAGGUAUUGGCGAAGCAUGAAUCGACAUAUGAAGAGGAGGGUCUUUACAUAACCGUCGAAGAAAUGGAUGAACAGAAGGAUCCGCCUCUCGUAUAAACUGUGAGAUCAAUCUCCUAAAGAGCACCGCAGUAGAAAACAUAAAAUGGAUGUUGCUAAUCGUGUGAAUAGUAGGUGCCGAUUAUUAAAAAGUAUCGCAGUAUUGUAUAAAUUAUAUUAUGAUAAUUUUAUUCAUGCUCGACGAG